AUGGGUUGCGGAGGAUCAACUGCCAAACCAUAUAUUCCGCACGAAGAUCCUCCUGACCCAGUUGCACCAAAUGCUGGCAAACAAACGGAGGUUAAAGUUGAUGGCGGUGCGGGGUUCACAAUCAACCAACACGCCGGCAAAGCACACCCAGGUGACAAAGUUCGGGAGAAGGGCUCUGGCUUUCUACCCUUUGUGCGAUAUGACAUGUCAGCAGUUCCACCACAGAUCAAAGGUGGUGAUCACAUCUAUUUGAUCUUCACAUACUCGGAAGUGGCUCUUGAGGCACAGGGGGACAAAAUUGUUGGUGAAGGAACCGAGCUGAAAGGCUCGUGCCUGUUCCGAGCGUGGAGGAAGGAUGGCACCAAUGCAGUGUUCCAAGAUGGAGAUUCUGUCUUCUUUGAACACGUUGAAACCGGAAAGUACCUGGAGCUACCCAACGAUACUCAGCCUCUUUGCCUUGCAGAUAAGAAUGAGAGUUCCACUGGCCAGACUUUCGGGUUCUUCAAGCAGGGAAGGCCAAUGGAAAUGAAGCACCGCGACACCGUUUACCUCCAGUCUUGGUUGCAUCACUAUGUUGAGUACAGGUACUUUGAGGAUAGCAACUUGUACGCGAAAAGGUGGCAGAGAAGAGAGCCUCAGACACUGACAGUCCUAAAAAAGGCUGUACUGGACUCGACCACCACAGACGUUGCGAGAAGAUUCCAGUUCCAGGCCUUUGACUUGGACGGAAAUGGCACAAUCAGCAAGAGCGAUAUGGACAUGAUGCUCACACUCGUCAGAGGAGAGGUCCCAAGCCCGGAAGAGGUGGAAGAGAUCAUGGUCAAGGCAGACCCUGCUCAUACAGGGAACAUACCGUUCCAAGCGUUUGCCUCUUGGGCCGAUGCUGGGGGCAUGACAGAAGAGGAGCUCAACCAUGCGGAAGUACUCGGCAAUGUUGCGCAGCGAUGCAAUGAUGCACUGUACGAGGAAAAAUGCCUUGUUGAAGUGCUUGGGACGAUUGAUGGCCGAAACGUCCAGAACAUGUGCGGCAAGUACCAAGAAAGCUUGAAAGCAGGUGAUGUGAGCGAGAAGAUAGUUGCAAAGGCUGCCGCAGAGUCUGAUGGAUGGUUUUUCUCCGGGAACUGGAAAAACUGCAUGAAAGCGUUGCUGGAGCCAGAGGUGGACCUGUGGGUGCGCUGCCUGAACGAUGCUAUGGAGGGCUGGGGCACAGAUGAAAACUCUUUGACCGCUCUUGUUUGCACUAUCCCGGAGCGACUCCGGAUUCCCAUCUUCAAGAAGUACUACGAAAAGACAGGAAAGGGAUUGCUGGAACACAUCGAAAGCGACACCUCCUUCAGCUACAAAAAGGUUCUAAUGUGGCAAGCAAUGAGUCCUGAAGAAGCUCGUGCAAAGAUCUUGAACAAAGCAAUGGUUGGACUUGGAACUGCUGAGGAUCAGCUCAUUAGGGUGAUUUCCCAACUGAAUUUUGGCGAGCGGAGAGAAGUGAAAGAGGCUUACCAGCGCAUGUUUGGAAAAGACCUGGUCGAGCACAUCAGGAGCGAAACAUCUGACAUCUUGACUUCAAAGGACUUUCAAAAAGCCUUGCUUUGCAUGCUCGAGGCCGAGGAAAAACCAUUUGAUAUUGAAGCAGACUGUGCAGCAAUGAAGGAGGCAAUGGAAGGCUGGGGCACCGACGAGACCAAGCUGACGCAAAUGAUAUGCUGCAAGUCGUCAAAGCAGAUGGAGGAUGUGAAUGCCAAGUUCAAGGAAUUGUACGAGAGGGACUUGCUGGAAUGGGUGCAGAGUGAAACCAGCGGAUACUACAAAGAUACGUUGUCUGGAUGCAUUCGACAUCCCAUGAAGCAAUUGGCCCAUGCAGUGCGAGACUGCAUGAAGGGGUGGGGCACGGAUGAUGAGGGUUUGAUCACAUGCUUGGUCCACUUGGAAGAUUUCAAAAAGGAAGCGCUGAUCAAGGAGUACAAAGCAGAGUUUGGCCGAGACAUCUUUGCAGACAUCAAGAGUGACACAAGUGGAGCCUAUGAAAGGGCUCUGUGUUCACUCGUCAAGCCAGCACCACAAGUGUGGGCAGAGGCCCUGACCGGCGCGAUGAAGGGGCUUGGAACUGCGGACCAGCUGCUUAUCAACUUUAUGGUCUUGGCCAAGGAAGACAUGAUGGCUGUCCGAAAGGAGUUCUUCAAAAUCAACAAUAAACUGCUUGAGGACUGGAUCGAGUCCGAGACCAGUGGAGACUACAAGAACACCCUUCUGAUGUUGGCUGGGCGCAAUAGUGAGGAGACAAUUCCCAUUGCGCCGGUUUACUGGGCUCAAAGAUGCAAGGACGCUCUGCACAAUGUAGAUACCCUCAAAGACGUUCUAGUCACGAUGCCUGCAACGGCCAUCAAGCGGCACACAGAGCUGUAUGAAGCUGUCUACGGAGCUCCUUUGAAGGAUGAGGUGGAGAAGAAAUGCAAGGCAGAAAGUGGCACCUUCUUCAUUUUCACAAACUGGUGGAAGCAUACGAUGGCCACACUUCUCUACAUGCCGGUGGAGCUUUAUGUACGAAACCUUUGGGAUGCGAUGCAUGGAUGGGGCACUGAUGAGUACACCCUCACUGGUUUGGUGUGCACGCUUCCAGAAAAUCUGUAUGACGAGAUUCAUGGGCUCUAUGAGAAACAGCAUGGCAGGAAGCUGGUAGAUCACAUUGCCUCUGAGACUUCUUUCAGCUACAAGAAGGUUCUUACAUACCAGGCCAUGAAGUGGGCCGAAAGUCGUGCGACUGCUUUGCAUGGCGCAAUGGCUGGUUGGGGUACAGCCGAAGAUCAGCUGAUUCGAGUCAUCAUUUGUGCAAAUUUCAAGGAGCGACAAAUCAUCCAGGAAACCUACAAGCGGAUGUUCAACAAGGGUUUGAUUGCACACAUUGAGUCCGAAACCAGCGGCAACUUCAAGAAUAUCCUGGUGGCUGUUUUGAAGUGCACUCAUCCUAAAGCAUCUGUUGACUACGACAAAGAUUGUGAAGACUUGAAGGCAGCAAUGGAUGGCUUGGGCACCAACGAAAAGGCUAUCAUUCAGAUUGUGGCCGGCAAGACCCCGCAACAAAUCGAAACACUGAAAGCCAAGUACCAAGAGAAAUAUGGAGAAGACCUGUACGCCAGGAUCGAUGAUGAGACCUGGGACUGGGGCAUGAGUAUGUUUUGUGGUGCAAAUUUCCGUGCCUGCAUGCUGGGAUUGAUGCGUGAGCCCACAGAGAGACUGGCCUGUGCAGUCCGUGAUUGCAUGGUCGGCUGGGGCACCGACGACACUGGCUUGAUCACUCUUUUGGUGCAUCUUUCAGAACGGCAACGCAGGGAUUUGGUCUCCAAAUAUUGCGAUAUCAAAAAUGGUGGGGACCUCUACAAAGCCAUCGAAGCUGACACGAGUGGUGACUACAAGCGGGCUUUGCUUGCCUUGGUGAAACCACCACCUCAAGUCUGGGCAGAAGCAAUCAUGAGUUCAAUGAAGGGCUUAGGCACUUCGGACAAUUUGCUGAUCAACUGGAUGUGUCUUGCAAAAGAGAGGAUGGAUGAGGUACGUGAGCACUUCACAGCUUUGGACAAUCGAGGAUUAGCUAAGUGGAUUGAUGGCGAUUGCAGCAACGCUGACUACAAGGAUACUCUUAUCCGUCUUGCGAAUCGCCGAUGCGAACGAUUUUCUGGCCAAGAGGUUGGCCUCAGCAUUGCACCACCCAUCUCGAAGGAAGACGCAAUCCUCAAGUUCACGACGACAUUCAACAAGCUUUGCAAGCGCCGAAAGCAGAAAGGGGACAAUAUUAUCCCUGGAGAGGAAGACCAACAGGCGAUGGGCAAUGCAUUCUUGUACUACGGGGCAUUGUCCAGCUGUGCCCCAAAUCUCGACAUUCCGGGUCUAUGGGAUUUGACCAACGCUGUCGGCUUUCCACCUGGAGAUGAUGGUCCAGAUCUGGUGGCAACAUUCCAUGAAUGGGAUGUGAGUGGAACUGGAGAGAUCACCUGGAACGACUUUGUGCGUGAGAUGACAACACGUAUCAAUGAUCCAAAUCACUUUGAGGCGGAUCCAUUGCCAGAAACCAUCGAUGGCAUCUCGAUUCCUGACAAACCUCUUGGUGAUGCCUGGAAACACGUCAAUCACAAUGCCUCAGACGAGGGCUACGAGAAGUUUGAUGGUGGCAACGGCGGCGACGUUCCUUCUCCCCCUCCACCAGCAGCUCCAGACAUGUACGCAGCUUUUUGCGAUGGAAGCUGGAAGGAUGUUCUCUCCUCUGUUCAACCUGAAGCUGAUGGUGCAGGACAUUGA